UCUUCAGCAUGUGUGUGCCCUGGCCAGGUGAGAUGCAGUGUGCCAAGAUAUGAAGUAAUAUUUGCUAUCUGGCAUGCAGUGCGUGUUGCAAUACCUAGUCAUAAUCAUGUUUGAAAGCUAUAAUAGCGGAGGGAGUUAUUAACCUGGGCUCCCUUCCUGCCUCUUGUGGCUUUCAAUCAGACACUGGGUGUUUUUCAAACUUCUUUUUUCAGUGUAUAAUUUUAGUCUGUACGUCAAUAGAAAGCAGAAAGAAAACAGAAUUUACGAUGAUAAAAUUAAAAGGACAGAGUCCUGCCGCCCAGUGAGGAGACAAACCCCGCACCCCUCCCACGCUGGAGGAGCAUCACCUUUGGGCUGUGUCACCGGCAGAGCCAUCACCCACCGUGUGAUUCACCUGCCCUGAGCCAUCUUGGGUACCAGAUGGGACCCCCGGGCUCCUUCCCCUCCCUUUAAAAGCCUGGCAGCAGCCGCAGUGUGUGCCAAGCACUCGGUGCCACCGGCCCUGCUGAACCCCCUCACUCUUUUGCAGCCCAGUGGCAGGGAGAGGCUGAGCGAUGGCCGAAGGGGAGAUCACCACCUUCACCGCCCUGACCGAGAAGUUCAACCUUCCCCCGGGGAACUACAAGAAGCCCAAACUCCUGUACUGCAGCAACGGCGGCCACUUCCUGCGCAUCCUCCCAGAUGGCAAAGUGGAUGGGACCAGGGACCGGAGCGACCAGCACAUUCAGCUCCAGCUGAGCGCGGAAAGUGUGGGAGAGGUGUACAUAAAGAGCACCCAGUCUGGGCAGUACCUGGCGAUGGACACCAAUGGGCUGCUCUAUGGCUCGCAGUUACUGGGUGAGGAGUGCCUGUUCCUUGAAAGGAUUGAAGAAAACCAUUACAACACAUACGUCUCCAAAAAGCAUGCAGAUAAGAACUGGUUCGUAGGUCUGAAGAAGAACGGGAACAGCAAGCUGGGGCCGCGAACUCACUAUGGCCAGAAGGCGAUCCUCUUCCUCCCGCUGCCCGUCUCGGCCGACUAAGCACCACCCCAGAGGCUCAGAGAUGACCCUGAACCCCAAAAUCCAACUGUCACCUCCUCCUUUUCCCUCACUCUCUCUCUUUUUGUCUAGUAUGACAGAGCCAAACAUUAGAGCUCCAAGCUUUAGGUAAAGGCUUUACCAAAACAGACAAAGCAGAGCUCCUCUGCUCCGCACGAAGCUUUGCAGAGAUGAGGGGAAAAGCCCCGACAUCCUCCCAAGGUCCACCGGCACCCACCACCCCUUCCCUCUGCCGGUACAUGCUGUGACCAGGCUGCAGGUCCCGGGGACACACACAGACCCACCGCGGGCAGGCACCCCGAAACGUGGCCAAGGGCACCCCAAGGAAACCCCAGUUACCAGAGGAACGCACGCUUUUACUGUCCCCUGCCAUCCUAAGGCAAAACCCCCUGGAUAUUCUGUACUAACGUAUUUAUCCAUCUAAGUAUGUAGCUUCUAAUAUGCCCUUCAAGCAAUUUGACAUUGCAGCAUCAGUCAUGUUAUCGAGUGCCAGCCUGUUUAAAUUAUAUCCUUGGUGUAUUAAGCUAAACUAGCAUCAGCCAAAAGCUCCAAGCCCUGGACAUCUUAUCCUCCCUUUCAAUGUGCAUAUUGCUAUAUUUCAUGCUAGUACCUGCCAUAUGUUAUUUGUAUUUAUUUAUUGAGUAAAUAUGUCUCUUCUACAA